CUAAAGCGUGUAUGGCCGCCUUAUGCCAAACUGCUAAUGAAAUACAGCCUGCGGUGAAACUACAGGGCUUCAGUGAAACAAAGACAGACCUUUAUAACCGUGUGCUCCACUACCUUGUCUGGAGAAACACGGUAAAACAUGUUCCCGUGUGACUUUGCGUGGGGAGCGGGAACUGCAGCGUAUCAAAUAGAAGGUGGCUGGCAGGCGGAUGGCAAGGGACCAAGUAUCUGGGACACAUUUUGUCAUGAGAAAGGCAGAGUGUUUGGGGAGCAGAAUGGAGAUGUGGCCUGUAACAGCUAUGAGCUGUGGGAAAAAGACCUGAAGUGUAUCCUGCAGCUUGGACUGACGCAUUAUCGCCUGUCUCUCUCUUGGGCCCGUCUCCUGCCUGAUGGGACCACACGGCAUGUCAAUCACAAAGGUGUGGACUACUACAACAAAGUAAUUGACGAUUUGCUGGCCUGUAACGUAACACCAAUGGUCACCAUUUACCACUUUGACCUGCCUCAAGCUCUCCAAGAUCAGGGUGGUUGGAAAUCACAGAGUAUAGCGACCCUCUUUGACAGCUACGCUCAGUUUUGCUUCCAGACAUUUGGCGAUCGUGUCAAACUUUGGAUCACUAUCAAUGAGCCAUAUGUGUGUGCCAAACUGGGCCAUGAAGACGGUAUCCAUGCCCCUGGGUUAAAAGAACCAGGGAUCACUGCCUACCUGGUGGGCCACAACAUGUUGCGUGCCCAUGCCAUGGCUUGGCAUAGCUACGACUCCUCCUACAGGGCAAAGCAGAAGGGUUUGGUAUCUUUGGCCAUCAACAGCGACUGGUUGGAGCCGUUACAACCAGACUGCACAGAUGACAUCGUUGCAACUGAACGCGACUUUGCUUUUACACUCGGUUGGUUUGCCUGGCCUGUAUUUCUAACAGGAGACUAUCCAGAAAUAAUGAGAUCUGCCAUUGAUGCCAACAGUAGAAGAGUGGGGUACACUGGUGCUUCAAGACUGCCCAGUUUCUCAAAGGAUGAGCCUGUUAUUUUGGGCACAGCUGACUUCUUUGCGCUCAACUAUUACACAUCACGUAAAGUCAAAGCAGGAGCUGGAUUUGGACAGACACUGUGUAUGAAGAGCGACCGGGAUAUAGAAGAAGUUCUGGAUCCUUCCUGGCCUAUUUGUGGGGUGCCUUGGCUGGCUGUAGUGCCCCAUGGCUUAAGGAGACUUCUCAAGUACAUUAAGAAUCAAACUGAAUUGACCAACAAGAAGACAAAUCACCUUCAGCCAAAUGAGGAAAACACUCUGACAUUUGUUUAGUGUCUUGCUAUCGAUUUUGUAUGCAGUAAUCUCCUUUUAACACCUCCAGAAACACAUUGAUGCUUCAUUAGUGCUGUCACAUUGAAUGAAACAGUUACUUUGCUGAAAAGUGUUUGCAAACGAGCAAUUUCCUGCUGUUGUGACUUGUCACAGACCAUUAGUUUGAGCUUGGCACCGUUGAAAUGCAGCUAAAUGGCACACGGUAGACCAAUCUUUCUCUGCCCAGAAUAUGUGACAGCUGAGAUGCCUUGUUUGAUGGUAAUAUUUGCCCUGUGACUUUCCAGGACACUUUCAACAACCCGGUAGUCUACAUUACAGAGAAUGGUUUCUCUCAGGUGGGGCCGCUGCAGAUGGAGGAUGUCCAGCGCUUCGAGUUUUACAAGGACACUAUCAUGGAAGUGG